GGUGGGGUAGGUUCGCUGCUCGUGCGGAUUAAAGUACAGUUUUUAUUUACGUUUAGAAAAUCGUGUUAGUGUGUCAAACUUAUUAGGAUAUUCGUUUUUCUGCAUCAUGAUUAGUUAAUAUAGUGUCGUUAAUAAGCUUAAUGUGUUGAUCGUGAAGUGUUGAAAUUUUAAAUUUAGUUGUUUACGAUGGAUGUGAACUCAAAGUAUUACGAGGGCUGUGGGCAGGAAGGGCCGAUACGCUGCAUAUUUCUGUGUGAAUUCCACCCGACGGCCGGCCCUAAGAUAACCUGCCAAGUGCCAGAAAACUAUAUUUCGAAGGACAUUUUUGAUACGGUCAGCCACUACAUCAUUCCAAAAGUGCAACUGCAGCGUUGCACUUUGACUGUCACUCUCCUCGGAUCAAAAAUCCUGGGUUUCCCAGUGAGGAUAGACAACAAGAAAUAUGCCCGUAACGCCUUCUACUUCAACCUGUGCUUUGUGUGCGACGCUUGGGCCCGGACAGUGCACUUGGAGCCCCUUGUCAAGAAGCUAACGGAAUACCUUUUGUCAAUGGAGCUAGAAACGGAAUGGCUGUCAAAGCAGUCAGUGUCGGGCGAGGCGGGCGCGCUGGCGGCGCUGAUGCGACAAGUGAUGCAGGAUAUCAAUAGCAAACGGAUGUGCACACUCACUGUGGGCACAACAACGACCCAUCUCACCGUCGUGAGGGUGAACAGCGACCCGUCCCCCGUGAAGGACCAUCAGGUGCCCGUGUUCCUGUACAGUAGACAGAGCUUCGUCGCGGACCAGUGGGACCUCACCACCAAUCAGAUCCUCCCGUACAUCGACGGGUUCAACCACGUGUCGAAGAUCGCAGCACUAACUGACGUGGAAAUCAGCUUGGUGCGCGCUUGUGUCCAGAACCUUGUCUACUACGGCGUGGUCACUCUAGUGCCCAUCUUCCAGUACUGUGCUGUGUACAGUGCGACGCCCAAGUUAAGGCAGCUGACUAGGUGCGCAGGCCUACAGAGGCAGUGUGUAGAAUUUUGCGCGAGAUCAUCACGCCAACUCCCAAAAGUAUCAGACUUGUUCCGCAUGUACGCGGGCAUGACGUACGGCAGCACCGUGCGAGACCUCUGCCGGCGCGUGCGGCCGCAGGAACUGGCCGUGGACGAGCGGAGGCUCGUGCUGUUUGGUGUGCUGGAGGGGCUGAUCCGACGCGUCUACAAGUACCCAAUCACAAUGCACGACGACGCGUCAUCCCUGGCCAGCGAGCACAGCCAACCCCUCGUCCGGACCUACAACGGACUAGUCUGUCUCGACGAGCUGUGUUGCCAGGGCGGGCUCACCGCCCAACAGCUAGAGGAACAAUUAGAAAGGGACACCAAUGUUGUGUUCAUUGUCAAGUGAUCUAUAGGUACAGUGGCUCAAUGAACUGUGUUAACAACUUGAGAAGCACAAUGUUGUGUUUACCGACAAGUGAUCUCAUAGAGAAGAACUUGGACUAAGGACCAAUGAAACUGCCAGCGCUGAUUUGCCACAUAAUCUAUCUAAUACCUUUAAACGAGCAAUUCAUGUUUAUUUAUAAAUUUCGGGGAUCUCGGAAACGGCUCUAAUGAUUUCGAUGAAAUUUGCUAUAUGGGGGUUUUCGGAGGCGAUAAGUCGAUCUAGCUAGGUCUUAUCUCUGGAAAAACGCGCAAUUUUGAGUUUUUAUAUGUUUUCCGAGCGAAGCUCGGUCUUCCAGAUAUUUUCUAUUUAAGUCCUAUGUAUUGUAACAGGGGUGUAACCGAUGUAAAUAAAGGUUUAGGUUAUAACGAUGUUCCAAAAUGUUUACAACUAUUGUAUAGUGUGAUCAAGCUAAGCUUUGCUUGGUAAAGUUCCGACAGGAAAGAUAAGUUUGUAAUAAUCUGGCAACACCUAUAACAAAUGCCAAGCACUUGUUACCAGAGUUGCCAGUAUCUCCUUAAAAUGUUACUCGAGUUGUGGCUUAUAAUGGAAGAAAAUCUUUAGUUCUACGGAAAGUGGGUAGAGAAGAAAGCUGUAAACCCGUAAAGAAAUGUAAAUAAAUAUUAAAUAAGAAUGUAUAUUCGUGUCUAUAAUGUAUGAUUUGUUUGUCUGAUGUUUAUACAAGUUUUCAGAGGUUUUCCACGAAACUGUUUACCUAAUUGUAUACAUAAAGUUAUAUAUUUGAGUGUUCAUAUUUUACAUGGAGAUAUUUACUGUAUAACUCUUUAAAUUUGUAUUUUAUACCUUACCUGUACAGUUCAAAAAUCUGCUCAAUCUUCUUAGCUAUAUAGAAUAUUUUUAAUGCAUAUAUUAUAAUUAAAGUACAUAGCUGUUGUUCAUAACGGUGCUACAUAACUUGUUUAUAAGAUUUGUGUAAGUUAAACGUUAAAACACAUAACGUCCCACCGAGUUUCUAUAAAAUCUAUAUAAAUCUUAUACUUAUUUCUAAGAGCAUUUUAAUACGACUAUAAUAGGUAUAUGGUACAUAAUAUAUGUAAGUUUUGUACCUACUUUAAUGAUAGAAAUUGCCAAAUAUUUAGUGGACUGUAUGAUGUAGUAUGUAGUGGGGUAGUUAUGUUAUGUCAAUCAAAAUCAUUGUUGUAGAAUGCAGCUGGAGUGAGCGGAAGCUUGAGUAAAAAUAUCUAUAUUUUUAAAUGAACCAUUAUUGUUUCUUUCUAGGUUAUCCUAGAAAUAAAAGUUUCGUUAAUACAUAAAUAUGAUUUUAACACAUUCAGGGCCAAGAUCCCGACUGUCGGGUACACUGUUCGUAGCGACUACGCGCUCCAUGCGGCAAAGACGUGGCUAUGCGCCACGAGCGUAACCCGUAGCACUUAGUGGCAAUUAAUGUGUUAAAUUAAAUAAUCGCAUUAAUAAGGGUUGCUCUACUUUUUGCUGGGUGUUCAUAUGACCCAUACUUUACAAAAGAUGGUAGGUGUAGGUAUAUAAGGUGUAAAAGCCGUCACAGAUAUAUACUCGCUCCAAGCUGCAGCGCGUAUGCGUGGUCUAGUCAGACGAACGUUUACCGUUUUGUUUAGAUUUCUCGACUAGUCAACGUUUCUUUGUGCCUUAUUUCCUGUACAUUUUCUUAAAUCAUUAACUUUUUAAUUAUUAGGUAUCGGAUUAUUGGACUAUCACGUGAAAAUAUAUCGAGACCAUAUACCGCCCGACCGGCCCGACGAGCCUUUAGACCGCCACAGUCGGCUGUGGCCGUCAUCGGAGUCUUGCCAAGGACGCCAACGACGGUUACAGACGACAGCUUCGCCAAUGCAAUAUGGACUUACGGGGGACUCCGUAAAGUUCAAUUUCGCUUAAAUAAUCGCGAUCGUCUGGCGUCCAGGGCACGCCAUAUUCCGUUCAAAAGGUUAAUCAUCAUUUUAGCGUGAAUAAAAAUUAGCCCAAGACGACAUUAGUGCUGUUUCAAGUCAGUUCCAUAUUCCAGAUAGUUUAAAAUUUACUCAAUAUAUUUUCACGUGAUCGCGUCCUGUUUUCGCGACACAUAUUUAGUCUCAUUAUUUUUUAAGGUUGUUUUAUUUUGGAUAGAGCAUAAUUGUUGAUUAUAAUUAAGAGAUUAUAAUGACGUAGUCAUUGGUUGUAUUGACGCCGCGUAAGGUGUAUCGAUGUUAAUAUUUGUUAAAAAUGUUUAUUUGCCGACGACUCAUUAAAUAUAUUGAUUUUUAAUU